UUUUUUGAACAAUAAACAAAAUGAAAUCGUUUAUUUUGGCAAGUUUGCUCGUUGUAGCAGUCAGCGCGUCUUUAAUGCUUGAAGACCACGUAGCGCUCUUCCGAAACUUCAAGUUAGAGCAUAACAAACAAUACAUGAACCAAGCUGAGGAAACCAAACGCUUUGCAGUUUUCAAAAACAACUUGAGGGCUAUUGAAGAACACAAUGCACUUUUUGAUCAUGGACUUGUGUCAUACAAACAAGGUGUCAAUAAGUUCACUGACAGAACCUCAGAAGAGUUCAAGGCUUAUUUGGGGCUUCUCCAAAAACCCAUUUUGAACACUAUCAAAUAUGUCAAAACCGGAUAUGUAGUGGCUGACUCAGUAGACUGGAGAGAAAAAGGACAAGUUGGUCCAGUUAAGGAUCAGGGACAUUGCGGAUCCUGUUGGGCAUUCUCCGUUACUGGUUCAACUGAAGCUGCCUUCUUCCGUAAAAAUGGAAAAUUAACAUCUCUCUCAGAACAACAAUUGAUAGACUGCGUUACAGCCAACUAUGGUUGCAGUGGUGGAUAUAUGAACGAAGCUAUCCUAUACGUCAAAGAGAAAGGUCUUCAAACUGAGGAAAGUUACCCUUACAAAGGUAUCGAUGGAAACUGCCAAUACAAUUCAUCUAAAAUAGUCGCCAAAAUUUCCGACUACGUUUCCAUUGUAAAAGAUGAAAGUGCGCUUUUGGAAGCUGUAGCUACAAUUGGUCCAACCUCAGUUAAUAUAGAUGCUUCAUUCCUUGGUGCUUAUCAUUCUGGUAUCUACGAAGAUAAAUGGUGUUCACCAGACGCUAUCAACCAUGUUGUCCUCGUUGUAGGAUAUGGAACAGACAAUGGAGAAGAUUACUGGAUUGCCAAGAAUUCUUGGGGCUCUGACUGGGGUGAAAAUGGUUUCUUCAGAAUUAAACGUGGAGCUAAUCAGUGUGGUAUUGCUGAAGAAUGUAUUUAUCCACUCAUUAACUGAGAACUAUAUUGUACCAUACCUACUUAAUUUUUAGAUUACAUACUUCAAUAAAUUAUUUAGAUAUUAU